UCGUGAUUCAUUAAAGAAAUGCAUAUUUCUUCCUUGUGAGCCUCUGCCUUCCAGGAGAAUUAUCAUUAUGACCUUGCUGACCGCUGAUCAGCUUCUAUGAGUCUGGUAACCCGACAUUAUUCAUCUAUCUCUACGCAGGUUGAAACAAGCAAAAGUCGUGUAGAAGUGCUGGCACGUUUCUUUUGUAACAAGCAGGCACGACUACGUAGAGGUAAAAGUGGAAGUCAUCGAACAGUGGUGGGCUAAUAUAGCAACAGAAGAUUUUUCCACAGGUAGAAGAAGAACAAGGUCUUCUUCUGCAGAAUGAAUGUGUUGCAGGGUAUGCGAAGUUGGUCUCGCGAUGGCUUCAGUGAGGAGCAGAAGCGCCGCGCAGACCAGCUUCUCGAAAAGUCGAUGCAGCAGCUGCCCAAGCUGAAGGCAAAUGAGGAGUCUACCCUUCGUGCAGUGGGUGUGAAGAAUACGUUUCUGCUACAGACACGCACAAGUGCUGCCUCUACUCGAACGCCCAGUGCAGCUGGAGGUGCUUCCUCACGCCCUAUGAGCGGCUUGAGCGGCACGACAUCUUCGAGUGCGACGAGGCCAGCUAGCACAGGAGGUCGGCGUGUGUCUGCGCAUGCGAAUCUAGGUCCACUGCCUCGUGAACCAGCACCAGGUGCGCGGCCGACGGUGAAAGAGGUGUCAGAAGAGCACGCUCGGUAUGUGGAGGAGAUGGUCAAUCUGGGCGUGAUGAGCACCACGAGGCCGGAUGUGCUUUCAAAUGAUGUAAAAACGCCUUCUUAUAGCUGUAGUCCUGUGAAAAAGACUAAGAGCAGUAGGUCUUCGAGACCCGUGACUGCUCCACCAGGGGCUUCGCCUUCCCCCAUGGCAGGAAGCGGAGGGUAUUUCACGACUGGUUCCGGAGGCAUUCUCGUAGGAGAUAGUGCAGCAUCGUCGAGCACGGCGCGGCCGCGCUCCUCCAGCAUUUACAAAUCGCCAGCGGUUAUGAUGACGGACCGACAGAUCGCGAUGCUAGGUCGGGGUGGACGUCUCUUCAGCGCCGGCAGCGGGAGGAAUGCGGCGGCAGCCAAUGCGGGCACCAAGUCCGUCAACCUGACUGCAGCCGCAGCGCGAUUGUCGCAGGCAAAACGGUCGACAUCAAGACCUUCGACCGCGGGCCGCUUCUCCUCGAUGUCCUCCUCAAGGCACGACACCGAUCACAGUGGCAUCACGGAGCCGGAGGACGCUAUAUUAGAUCCACCAUUGAAUGUAGAGGAACAGGCCGCGAACCGACGAAAGCGAAG